AUGAGCAGUGAAUUGCGAAAUCUGACCAAAAAGGAAAGACAUGUUCGGAACACUAUUGGCACAGUGCAUCAGUUUGUGGACGGUUUUGUGGAAGAAAGAGACCAAGAGCAAGUGGAGAUUCGUUUGCAUCUGUUGGACGAGGCAUUCAGUGAAUUCAUGAAAGUACGGCAGAAGAUUGAAGUUCGUCUCGAUGAAAUUGACAAAGAAAGGUAUGAGGCAGAACCAGGCGAAUCGGCGAAGGCUCGUUCAGCGAAGUUGGAGGCUGCGUCCAUGCAAAGAGAUGCUGAUAAUGCUGCUGUUGCCAGUGAGGUGGAGAAUUUGUACUGCAAACUCAAGGCCACUUUGGAGCGGUUACGUGUUAAAGCUAAGGAAAACAGUUUGGUAACGAAUUCGGUUUCUUCGAUGUCGUCGAUCAAGCUGCCGGAGAUCAAGCUACAGCAGUUUUCUGGAAAAUUACGGGACUGGAUUCCAUUCAGGGAUGCAUUUCACAGCCUGAUACACCACAACGUGAAACUCAACGAUAUGGAUAAGUUCACGUAUCUUCGCUCAUCCUUGUUUUUCGAAGCCCUGCAGGAGAUAGAGAUGAUCGAGCUUUCAGCGGCGAAUUACACCGUGGCCUGGAAUGCGCUAGAAAACCGGUAUCAGAACAAAAAACUGAUCGUGAUGCCUUGUUCAGAUUACAGCUGA